CUUUGGCAAUUACCAGAUCUCCAUCCUCCAGGGAGCCAAUCUCCUGUUUUACCCAAACCACCUCUCCCAGUCUACCACCCUGCCCCCUCUUCCCAACCUUCUUAUCUUCUCUUGCUGCUUUUCUUGGGUGCCUGCGGAUGUGCUUCUAUGUCCUUCUCAGGUCUCCAAAGAAGAACUACAGGUUGAGGGGCCCUUUUUUCUCUCUCACAGCACUUGGAGUCUUUUGCUCUCCCCUUAUCUUGUCCUUUUAAUAAAAGUCUUUGUUCAUAAGCCAUUGUCUGUUCGGGGGCAUUGCAACAAUGAGCUACUGAUGAAAGGUCCCUUUUUUUUUCAAGAAGCAAUGAUGAACAAAUAAUUGGAGCAUGACCAUGAGGAUUUCUGUUAAUUCUUCAACUUGCUGACCACUAGGAGUGAAAAAUCAUACAUGCUAAAAAAUCAAUAAACAUUGAAAGUCUUCAAAGUUCUUCUCGAAGAUAGUUUGGUGGGUCUUAGUGAGGAUGGUGGUCUGUUGUAAAGGAUCUGCUCUUAGCAGAUUAUGGAAGUCCAAGGAUCAACAAGUUCAGCAGCUGAAGCAUUAUCAACCACAAAAUUCUAAGGGUGGUGGGAACUGGAGAAAGAAAUUUCUAUUUUUGGGUAUCUUACUUGGAGUGUUGGUGUCGAUUUGGAUAUUUUUAAGCAUGAAUGCAAAUAUUAUUGCAAGGAGGAAGGAGACUCUUGCAAACAUGUGUGAUGAGAGAGCACGGAUGUUGCAGGAUCAAUUCAAUAAAACAUUUGCAGAGUAUACAGCCAGAACAGCAUUUGAAAGGCCACUGACGAAUGGUGUUGCCUAUGCUUUAAAAGUUCUUCACUCACAGAGGGAGGAAUUUGAGAGGCAACAUGGAUGGAAGAUAAAGAAAAUGGAGACUGAGGAUCAGUCCCCUGUUCAAGAUGACUACACACCUGAGAAGCUUGACCCUUCACCUGAUCAAGAUGAAUAUGCACCUGUUAUAUUCUCCCAGGAAACUGUGUCUCACAUCGUGUCCAUUGAUAUGAUGUCAGGGAAGGAAGACCGUGACAACAUAUUACGAGCAAGGGCAUCAGGGAAAGGGGUUCUGACGUCUCCUUUUAAUCUUUUGAAAUCCAAUCACCUGGGAGUGGUGCUUACGUUUGCUGUAUAUAAUGCUGACCUUCCUCCAAAUCCUACUCCAGAAGAGCGCAUUGAAGCUACUGUAGGAUACCUUGGUGCAUCAUUUGAUGUCCCAUCUUUGGUGGAGAAGCUUCUUCACCAGCUUGCCAGCAAACAAACCAUCGUUGUUAAUGUGUAUGACACAACUAACUCAUCUGCCCCUAUUAAGAUGUACGGACUUGAUGUCAGAGGUGCUGGUGAAAUUCAUAUCAGUAAUGUGGAUUUUGGGGAUCCACUUCGUAAGCAUGAAAUGCAUUGCAGAUUCAAGCAUGAGCCUCCACUACCUUGGUCAGCAAUAACAACCUCACUAGGUGUCGCAGUGAUUGUUUUGCUUGUUGGUCAUAUAUUUUAUGCAGCACUUAACCGCAUUGAGAAGGUGGAAGAUGAUUUUCGUGAAAUGAGAGAGCUGAAAGUUCGAGCAGAAGCUGCCGAUGUAGCAAAAUCGCAGUUUCUGGCAACGGUUUCCCAUGAGAUCAGAACUCCAAUGAAUGGUGUCUUAGGUAUGCUGCAGAUGCUGAUGGACACAGAACUUGAUGCAACCCAACAAGAUUUUGCAAUGACUGCUCAAGCUAGUGGAAAAGCUCUAAUAGCUCUGAUAAAUGAGGUCCUUGAUCAGGCUAAGAUAGAAUCUGGCAGGCUUGAGCUAGAAGCUGUUCCUUUUGAUGUUCGUGAUGUUCUGGACAAUGUGCUGUCUUUAUUUUCUGACAAGUCACAGGGCAAAGGCAUAGAGUUGGCGGUGUAUGUAUCCGAUCGGGUUCCAGAGGUUCUCAUUGGGGACCCUGGGCGGUUCAGACAGAUCAUUACAAAUCUCGUUGGAAAUUCGGUGAAGUUCACAGAAGAAGGGCAUAUAUUUGUCUCAGUGCAUCUGGUGGAGGAAGUCAAGAGCUCAUGUGAUUUUAGCAAUCAAGUCAUAAGAGAUUCUGAGGAUGGCAUAGGCAUGUCAUAUAACACAUUGAGUGGAUUUCACAUAGUAGAUAGAUGGAAAAGCUGGGAAAAUUUCAGGAUGUUCAAGUUUUCAACGGAAGCUAGUGAUGCAAUCAACUUGUUGGUGACAGUUGAAGACACUGGUGUAGGAAUUCCUCAAGAUGCUCAGAGCCGUAUUUUUACACCUUUUAUGCAAGCAGACAGUUCUACUUCAAGGACAUAUGGUGGGACUGGGAUAGGCUUGAGCAUAAGUAAAUGUUUAGUGGAUCUAAUGGGUGGGGAAAUAGGAUUUGUUAGUAAACCGGGGAUUGGUAGUACAUUUUCUUUCACUGCAGUGUUUCAGGAAGGGCGAAAGAAUUUAGGUGAUAUGAGGAGGCAUCAUCCUGAUCCCCCUGUGUCAGAUUUCCAGGGAAUGAGAGGGUUGGUGGUUGAUGGAAGAUGCAUGCGUGCUGAGAUCACAAAACAUCAUCUACAGAGAUUAGGGAUACAUGUGGACAUUUCCCUAAAUUCAAAAUCGGCACUUUCUGGCAUAUUGGAAGCUUGCAAUUUAAGUGGGGCAGGGCAUUUGGACAUGGUGCUUGUUGACAAGGAGGCUUGGGGUGAAGGCUCAGGUCUUGCAUUCCCACGCCUUCUUGCAGAGUUCAGGCAAAAUGGCUUAAUGAAACCUCAAGAAAAUCUUCCGAAGAUGUUUUUGUUGGCAACCUCCCUAAGCCCCACUGAGGUUGAUGAUUUGAAGUCAGCAGGAUAUACUGAUACUAUGAUGAAACCCCUUCGCCCAAGUAUGAUAGCUGCUUGUCUUCGAAAAGCAUUAGGUGUGGGGAGCAAGAGACAAAGGGAAAAAGGACAAGCCAUGGCACUUCGAAGUCUUCUGAGUGGGAAGCAGAUCUUAGUUGUUGACGACAAUGCGGUCAAUCGCAAGGUUGCUGCUGGUGCUUUGAAGAAAUAUGGAGCUGAAGUUACUUGUGCGGACAGUGGUAAGGCUGCUAUUCAGAUGCUUCAACCUCCUCACAAGUUUGAUGCUUGCUUUAUGGACAUUCAAAUGCCAGAGAUGGAUGGGUUUGAAGCCACAAGACAAAUCCGCUCUAUGGAAACUAAAGUGAAUGAGCUGAUUAAGUCUGGAGAAGCAUCAUCUGAGAUGUAUGGCAAUGUUGCCCAUUGGCAUAUACCAAUACUGGCCAUGACGGCUGAUGUAAUCCAGGCAACAUACGAAGAAUGCAUACGAUGUGGUAUGGAUGAUUAUGUGUCAAAGCCAUUUGAAGAAGAACAAAUCUACUCCGCUGUUGCACAUUUCUUUGAGUCUGGUACAGUGGAUUCAGUAUCAUAGGAGCUAUUGAUUGCAGAGUCGAGUCUGGUUUUUUUAUGCUAGAGCUCUUAAUGGUUCAGGUGUUGAAUAGUGACAACAGAGCAUGUCACAGGAAGGGCCAGAAAAUAGCAUUUCAUCAGAACUUGGCUGUAUUCUAUUGGGCUUCCUGAUCUGGAAUGCUCAACUACCAGCUUAUAUGGCAUAGUCUGUGGAAUACAUGAGUAUCGAACAAGGAGCACUCUCACAAUGUUACAACAGCUGAUCUCUUCGCACCUCAGGUAGUGUGAUCAUUGUACAAAGUUAAGAAACUGCAAUUUAUUCAUUCAUAUGUCUUGAAGCACGGCAUUGUAGAUGGUCAGUAUAAAAGUUCUUUGAGAUAUUCUGUUGAGAGUUGUACAUAGAUAUGCGGGCUAUAGUUUUGACUGACUGCGGGGGGAUGGAAUUUCUUACUGUGGUAUACUACGAUGAGAUACCAGACCCUGAAGCAGAUGUUCUUUUUCUCGAAGUUCUUAUCUCCUCUGUAAUAUGAAAUAAGUUCCUUUGUAUCUUUUGUAACAA